GCGGGUGCCACGUCCAUGUGGGCUUCAUGCUGUGGGCUGCUGAAUGAAGUCAUGGGAACCGGUGCUGUUAGGGGCCAGCAGGCAGGCUUUGCAGGAGGCACCGGUCCAUUCCGAUUUACACCAAAUCCCGAUUUCUCCUACCCACCAGCAGCCACGGAAGGGCCCAAUAUAGUUUGCAAAGCCUGCGGCCUUGCCUUUUCUGUCUUCAGGAAGAAGCACGUAUGUUGUGACUGCAAGAAGGAUUUUUGCUCUGUUUGUUCCGUCUUACAAGAAAAUCUCCGCCGAUGUUCUACUUGUCACUUACUGCAAGAGACAGCCUUUCAGCGCCCUCAGUUGAUGCGACUGAAGGUGAAGGAUCUGCGGCAAUAUCUACUCCUGAGGAACAUACCCAUAGACACUUGUCGGGAGAAGGAGGACUUGGUGGACCUGGUGCUGUGCCACCACGGCCUUGGCUCUGAGGACCACAUGGACACAAGCAGCCUGAGCUCUGCCAGGUCCCGCACCUCGAGCUUUUUUACACAUUCCUUUUUCUCAAACUACACAGCCCCCUCUGCCACCAUGUCCUCAUUCCAGGGAGACCUUAUGGAUGGAGAUGGGACCUCAGGGCCUGGAGUCUUGGCACAGGUACAAAGUGAACUAGCUUCAGCAAAUACUGAAGAAGAUGAUGAUGACGAUGAUGACGAUGACGACGACGAUGAUGAUGAUGAUGAAGAAGAAGACAACCUAGAGGAUCGGACCCCUGGGCUCUCCAGAAAGAGAGCGAGAGCGUCUUUGUCUGAUCUGUCCAGCCUUGAAGACGUUGAAGGGAUGAGCGUGCGCCAGCUGAAGGAGAUUCUGGCUCGGAAUUUUGUCAACUAUUCUGGCUGUUGUGAAAAAUGGGAGCUGGUAGAGAAAGUAAACAGACUAUACAAAGAGAAUGAAGAAAACCAAAAGUCAUAUGGCGAGCGGCUGCAGCUGCAGGGUGAGGACGACGACAGCUUGUGCCGCAUCUGCAUGGACGCCGUCAUCGACUGCGUCCUGCUCGAGUGUGGCCACAUGGUCACCUGCACCAAGUGCGGCAAGCGCAUGAACGAGUGUCCCAUCUGCCGGCAGUAUGUGGUUCGCGCUGUGCACGUGUUCAAGUCCUGA